AUAAAAAAUACAAAAAUAGCGUUUAUUUAUUUUAUUCCUUGCAGUUGGUAUGGUUGUUUCAUAGAAAACCGUUGAAAUUUGAAUUUUUGAGGUUAUUUUUAUUGUUUAUGUCGGUUUUCAUUAUUCUUGUAUUGCAAAUUACAACUAAGAGUGUUUUGUGUUUUAUUUAAAUUAAAAAAAAAAUAAAAUGCUGUUUGAAGAAAACGUUCACCAAUCUAUUUUCAAACCACCAACAUUCCUGAAGCAAUUUUUUAUUGAUAAUGAAAGGAUUAAUUUAGUUUAUAAAAGGAUUGGUAGCGUUAGUGUAGAAGAAGAGGAAGUUAUUCCAGUUAGGGAAAAACUGGAAACUUCAAAUGAUGGUUUAGAUAUAACGGGAAACCCUCUAAAAGUGGACUUAAAUGGAGACGACAGUUUGGGACAUAUAGUUAAGAUCCAACAAAGAAAUAACUGGACUGCACAAGAAGCAAAGCUUUAUCCAUUGUCAAGUAAUGAAGCCAGAAAUGUAAUAAACAAACUUAUUGCAAAAAGGGAGCAUUCAAUUCCUAUUUAUUGUAUUUGUAAUGAAUCUGACAGUAGAAAAAUAGUCAUUUUGGGAGCACAGCAUACAAACAGUGAUAAAAUGAGCUGUUUUAUUGAAAUUCUUUCUGGAUUAUCAAAGAAUAAAAUGCAUUUGAAUUUUGAUUUUAUGAAAAAAGAACAUUUUAAAAGUACCAAAAUUCAAACAAAGAUUGAUUACCUUAUAAAAAGAAAAUACUAUAUAUAUGGUUAUAAUUUACAAAGUAUUGAAUUAGAUAAUACUUUUUAUACUGGUUGCAUGGCAGUUGAAGUUAUUGGUAAAAAUUUAAAGGAAAAAUUAAAUGGUACCCAAAAUAUGAACAUGAUGCUUCAAGUAAUUGUUGGUCAUGUAACAUCACCAGUACAUUUUCUAUGGCAGAAACUUGGCCAUUUGCAAUAUUAUUAUGACAUUCUUAACUUACCAAAAUCGUCAAUUAAUGAAUCAACUAUUAUUAAUAAAGAAUCCAAAAUGGAAGAGGACAUUUAUAAAGGAAUUAGUAACCUUAUUAAUUCUCUGGAAUUUAUGCAAAAAGAACAAGAUACAGACUUUGAUUUGGAUAAUUUGAGGUAUACAGACUUUUUGGAUAAAAUCUGGGAUCUUCUUAAAAAUUGUGAGGAUUUGUCCACUUUAAGGGACUGUUUUUAUUAUUUCUUUGGGGAGCUAGCUGAAUCUGAAAAUAAGUUUGAGAUAAGCCCGUCUGAUAAAUCCAAUAUUGCCAGAAUCGUUAAGGAUACUUUAAAUAUUAAAAUAACUGUCCCCACUCUUACUUUUCUACAAUGUUUGGAAUUGCUAUUUGAAUUGGGACUUGAAAAUCUUAAAAACGAUUAUUUAGCUAUAUUUAGACACUUUUGUUUUGCUUCGCAAGAUAAUAUCUUAAAAAAUUGGAAUAAAUUUUGCAAUGAAAAUUUAUCAGAUCGGGAAUUGGGAAGAAAAACUAGGACAACAAUUAUGCAAAAAGAUGCAAUGACUAACAAUGAAGCCAAUCAAUUUAAAUUGGGAUAUUUAGCACAAAUGCAUACUGCUGUUGAACUUUUAUUUUUGGUAAAAAAUCGUAUUUAUUUGCCUGAAGAAUGCAAUGAAGUUUUUAUUGAGAAAGUCUACAACGAAUACGUUAACACAAACAAUGUUAAAAUUGAUUCUAACUCCUUAACAAAUUGUAGACUGGAGGAAUUUACUUUUGGACUUAGAUCAAUACCAAAUUUAGUUGAUGAAAAUUCUCUGGAUUCAUGUACCGUGCAAAUGAAAAGUGUUAUCAACAAAACUGAAAUUACCACAGCUUUUAAUUUAUCUGUCUUGCCAAUUUUUCCAACAUCUGUUUUUAAUGGUUAUGAUGAUAAUCACAAAAUCAAGGAGAACUUUUAUGUUUCCAAAUUUGUUAAAGUUACAAGGACUAAUUAAUUAUUUAAUUUAUAUAAUUAAUUUAUUUUUAUUUGUUAAUAUUUUAUUUUUGUAAAAAUUUAUAUUUAAAAAGUAAUAUUUUUCAUAACUUUAUUUUUGUUUCAUUUGGCUCUUAAAAAAUGGCCAAAAAUUGCUUAGAAGAAAAUUGAUACUUUAAAAACUAUAUUCAGGGAGAGUUUCUCCACAUAAAAUCAAUAAAAAAAAUUCCAAAUUCUUUUUAAUUUUUCAAUGAAGUUUUCAUCAAUUUUGUUUUAAUCCAAUUUUAAAACUCUAUGAUAAGGGUGUAUUCUAAACAUACAAAAAUUUAA